GUGUCAAAAAUUGAUAUACAAAAACAAAACAAUAUCGCAUCAAUAUUCAUAGCAAAAGAAAGGUUUGCUGAAAGAUUACAUAUUUCUGAUAUAUUUACUUUAUUUUGAAGAAUUUGCAUUGAAAAUAGCAUUGAUGCGUAAAAGUUUCGAAAAGGUUUCUUCUACGAUACUCCGUACCUUUAAGAAUAUAUUGACAGUAGAUUUGCUGUCCACAGUAAAUACAACUUUUGACGAAAGGAGAAUGGUACGGUUCUUUCCAAACCCCUACGACGAUCACAAGCCGGGUAACUCUAUCACGAUUAACAAAGAAGAGUUCAUUAAUCAGAUCGGCGAAUAUACGAAUAAUAUUUCUAAACGCUUACAUCCUUCUCGCAAGAAUGUCGAUGGAGGUUUGUAUGUGGGCAUCACCGGCGUGUCUUACAUGUUUUAUUAUCUUUCUAAAAACACAGUGCUCUCGGAGAAUAAAUCCAUAUAUGUGCAAAAGAGCCUGGAAUACUUAAAACCUGCCUUAGAAGUGUCGGCCGGCGAUAAGACUUCAUUUCUCUUGGGCGAUGCCGGUACGUACGCGUUAGCCACAGUAUUAUACAAAGAGCUAGGCGACGAACACUCCGCCGAUAUGCUGAAGGCUUACAAAUCUCUUUACACUCAGUAUAUGAACCCCAAGUUCUUGAAAUGUGGUGGAGAUGAGUUCUUUGUCGGACGCGCUGGCUAUCUCGCAGGCUGCUUGUGGAUGAGCAGAGAACUUCAGACACCGGUUUUGACGAAUGAAGAGCUAUACAAGCUCUGUGACGUAAUUGUCGCCUCAGGAAGGGAUUACUCAAUGAGACACCAGAGCCCUUGUCCCUUGAUGUACCACUAUUACAAUACAGAGUACCUUGGUGCAGCACAUGGCAUUAGCUUCAUCCUGCAGAUGCUCCUGACUGUUCCUGGAUAUUUGAGAUACAACAAGUCCGCUGCUCAUGACAUUAAAUCAUCAGUAGAGUAUCUGGCUUCAUUGCAAACUGAUGAAGGGAACUGGCCCUGUUGCAUGGAGGAGAUUGGGCUGAGUGACCACAAGCUGGUGCAUUGGUGUCAUGGUGCCCCAGGAACCAUCUACCUAAUGGCUAAAGCUUAUUUAGUUUACAAAGAUCAAAGAUUUUAUGAUGCUUGUGUGAAGGCUGGUGAAGUGGUGUGGUCAAAGGGAUUGUUACGGAAGGGCCCUGGGAUUUGUCAUGGAGUAGGUGGCAAUGGUUAUGUAUUCCUUCUGCUUCAUAGAUUAACUGGAGACAAGAAAUACCUGCAUAGGGCCAAAAUGUUUGCUGAUUUCAUGGUGACUGAUGAGUUUAUUAGAGAUGCAAGGCUACCAGACAAUCCAGAGAGUUUGUAUGAAGGUUCUGCCGGUACUGUAUGCUUCCUGGCAGACCUCCUAGUCCCUGAUAAGGCAGAAUUUCCUUUCCAAGAUGUAUUCUCUACUUACAAUUUCUGAACCUGUUGAUUUUAAACGUGUUUGUUCCCUAUAGUCUAGUUAUUUAUUAAAUGUUUUCUGGCAAAAA